ACGGCCAGCCGCCUAUCGACCUAUCGAUUCAGGCAGUCGAACUCGGAGUGCAGCAAAAGUGCGGGAAAUCUCCGGAAAUGCUUUAAUUAACGAACUGUUUGCCCCGCGAGCGUUGACAGCCGUCAGAAUCGUUCACAGUGUAACUGCCAAAUGUUAUUGUCAAUUGUUGUGUGAAAUUCGCCAGUUUGCCAGUUUCCUUUUGGUUUUUUUCUUCUCUACCUCUUCGUGCGCGAGGGAGACGGAAGCAGUCCCCAGCAUUCGCAUUCACCAUUUUCUCCCGUCUUCUUUGUUAAAAAAGUUUGUUGCGGGGUGCGCGCUCGCCAAACGAAUAAAAUCGGCGAAAAUCGAGAAAAAAAAUUAGCGCAAAUGUAAAUAAACAAGGCUCGGAUGAGCAGUGCUUCGAUAAGCCAGCAAAAUGUGCGUAAAAAGCGAGAAUCAGUGACGAAAACAACAACUACGUGCUGCUGCGUUCAUUGACGUGACGCGCGAGCGUGAGUGUGUGCGUGCGUGUGUGUUUGUGAGUGUGUGUGCUGGCUGCUUCCGUGUGUGUGAGUGGUGUGUGUCAAAAAAAGCGUUUUUCAAACAACAAGCCAGCAACAAACAAAUCACCACAACACGUCACAAAUUGCAAUACAAGCCGAAGCAGCAACACCUCAAAUCAAAAGAGCCCCCCAGCAACAACAACACCAAAAUCAUCAUCUGUCGUGUUCUCAGAAGAAGAAGAAGAAGGAAUAGCGUGAGAGAGAGAGGGGGCAAAAAGAAAGUCAACAGUCGCGUGUGAAAUGAAAUUCGAAAAAUGUCCGCGUGUGUGUGUGUUGAGUGUAUAGAAUUGAGUAAGAAGCAGCGCGGCAAAAGGAAAUAAGCUAAAGCAAUAGCAUUAAAAGGAACUACCAGCCACCAGCAGCAAUAACAACAAAUAACCAAUGAAGCAAUCAAAUUUGGCAUAAUUUGCAUUGGCCGACGUUUUUGUCUCUAAAAGCCCCCCAAAAAAAACCACCAUACAACACAAGCAGCACAAAUCUUUUGCCAAUGAGUCGCAGACAGUCAUUGGAUCGACCAGGAAUAUUGUCUCCUCCGGGUCCGUUUCUGACGCCCAGUCCAUCGCCAUCGAUCUCAGCUAGCCCUCGUCUGCAACCAUCGCCAUCGCUUUCGCCGUUUCCACAGGAUGUGGUGCUCGUAGCCGGUGGCAGUCAAGUAAACGCCAACAGCAAUCCCCAGGAACACGAGCGCAAGGCGGCGACGCCUGGCAGGAGACAGUCCAUCCACCAGUUCACCAAUGGCAGUCCCAAUGCUGGAACCGUCGUCUUUCAGCCGAGCCCCUCACAAUCGCCGGCCGCUGCCACGACGGUCAUCGGCGUGACCAGUGGUGGCCUGAUAGCCACCGCCGCCGGAGGAACUGGAGCCGGCUUAGGUGCCGGUGUAGGAGGAGGAGCUGGUAGCAGUGCCGGAGUGGGUGUGACCCUGCAUGGAAAUGCCAUUGGGAACGAGCUGAAUGCUACUCUGGUGGGAUCCAAUAAUAUCCAGCUCAAUAAGAAGGGCACAAAGCGGGCAACCCAGCAGCAGCAGCAGCAGCAGCAACAACAGCAACAGCUGGGCCACCAGAUCUUCAGCAGCGCCGUUGCACCCACCUCGAUCAGCAGUGCGACUGCGGUGGCAGCCGGGGAGGAGGCUAUGGACAGUUCAAUGCCACCGCCAUCAGCACGCCCACCUCGUUUGCCACCUCGGUUGGCAGUGUGGUCACCAGCAGCGGGGCCAAAGGUCCGACGAAGGGUCAGAAGGGGCAGCACCAGCACCAGCAGCAGCAACAGCAGUUCCAGCACUACCAGAGCAGCAGUCCCCUGAUAGCGGACAGUCCCAUCCCGAGUCCAGCGGCGCCAUUGCAGCGGCUGCGAUUAAGCCGCCAACGCCGCAGCCGCAACCCAUGCAGAUGCUGCCCCAGCAGUUCACCAUCUCGCAGCAGCCGCAGCAACAGCAGCAGGCGCAGCAGGUCUUCCAGUUUACAGGACCGCAGGGCCAGCUCAUAGCCACCACACAACAGCAGCAGCAGCAGCCCAUCCAGCAGCAGCAGCAGCAACAACAACAGCAGCAGCAGCAACAACAGCAACCGCAGCCUCUCCAGCAGCAGCAACAUCGAUUCGUUAGCAAUGCCGGAGUUACAAUGCCAACCGGCAAGACCGGCAAGGCACCGCAACAAAUCCUGCCCAAGCCGCAGCAGGAGCUGCAGCAGCAAAAGAAAGGCUCGACCGCCGGUGGAGCACAGAUCUCGCAGUCGUCGCAACAAACUGGCCAGGCCAACAAUCCCACCCAACAACAACAGCAGCAGCAACAACAGCAGCAGAUCCUACUACCUGCAACCACCAACCAGCCACAGUUGCUCCUCAACCAGAUGCCCGUGCUGGUGCAGCAGAAUCCGCAGGGCGUCCAGCUGAUCCUGCGUCCGCCCACACCACAGCUGACGACCACGCCCUCCCUGGUCAUCCAGCAGAAUGCCCGGGGACAGCCCCAGCUGCAGACGCAGCCGGCACAGCAGCAAUUGCUGCGGAUAGUGGGCACCAAUGGAGCGACCAUGCAGCUGGCUGCCGCGCCCACCUUUAUUGUGUCCUCGCAGGCGAACCUUAUCCAUCAGACGGCGGCGGGUCAGUUCCAGAGCGCCAUCAAGACUGGCACGCAGCUCACGGGUCUGCAUGCGGCCCUAGCACAGGCCCAGGCCCAGGCGCAGGCGCCACGAUCUCAGCCGUUUGCCACGACGGCCACGUUGAACCAGCUCCUCGGCCAGAGUGUGGCCGCCCAGCUGCAGAAUCUGCAAUUGGCGGCGGCCCAAAUCCAAAUGCCCAACGGUCUCACCGCGAUCUCCCAACUGCCAGCUCAUCUGCAGCAGAGUUUGGGUGGAGCCACCAUCAUGAAUCAGCUGAAUGGGGCUCAUCUCCAGCAGAUAGCCAAUGCUUUUCAGACGCCGCAGGCUCCGGGACAAACAACGGCGAGGUGCAGCACGACGGCGGAGCUCUUUACCCAGUCCUCGCCAGCGCAUGUGCCGUUGGCCGUCACCCCAGAGCCACUACGUCAACCGACGCCGGUUCCCAUGAUGCAGCAGCAACAGCAGGCGGCGAUGGCCACCAUUCAGUUGCAGCCACAGCAACAACAGCAGCAGGCGCAGAUCCCAUUGCAGCAUCAACUGCAGCAAACUCAAUCCCAGGUGCAGCAGGCCCAGCAAUCUGUCCAGGCGACCACUGUUCCGGAGCCCAAGAAGAAGCCGCGACCACGCAAGAAGAAGCAGGCGCCAGCAGCAGCAGCUCCAAUUCAGCAGCAGGCAGCCGCUCCUCCAGUUGCGCCCGUCGAGGUGAGACCACCGACACCCCAGAAAAUAGCCACGGCCACGCCCACGCCACCGCAAAUAGUACGCUCCAAGUCGCCAUCGCCACCACCAACGACCAUCCAGCGAAGUAGCAAUGGAAAGCUAGAUCUCGGCGAUGUGAUGAAGUUCUGCGGAAUCACUGGGGACGAUGACGACGACGAGGACUACGGGAUGGGUCUAGACACAGGGCUAGCACCCGAACCUGAGCCAGCGAACCAGACCCAGGCGACUACCGGCAGCGGAGCAGCGACGGCAGGCAGCAGCGGCGACAUCAUGAUCUCCAUACCGAACCAAAACGGCAGCGAUGGCCUGCCAUUCACCCUGACCAUUCCCGCUCCGCAGCCCCAGUCCUCGACGUCCUCACAGGCGGGAAACGAAUCAGCCACCGAAAUACCAAAUAUCCUCAUCAAGAUCGAUCCUAGUGCGGAGGCAGCGGUGCCGCCAUUUGGUCUGUCCACUCCGCGGCUGCCCACGGCCGAGGAGAUCCAACAGGCACAGCAGCAUUUGGCGCAACAGGCGGCAGCAGCUGCAGCGGCGGCCAAGGCGACCACUACUGCCACUCCGACCAUAAACAUAAGCCUGCCCAGCAUGACGCUGCAGCCGCAGGUGACGCCGGCACCCAUGGUCACGCCCACCCCGGCGCCAACUUCCAACCCCGUGUCCACAACGGCGGCUGUGAAGCCAAGAAGAAAGCCUGCGGUGCGGAGGAACACGAAGAAACCGGAGUUAACCACCAGCAGCGGCAGUACCAUGAUCUCAUCGAGCAGCAGCACCACAACGAUCAGCAGCAGCACUAGUACCAUCCUAAACAACAGCCAACCCACCACUGUAAACACCAUCACACUGACCACGCCCACUCCCGCCACGAGCAGCAGCAAUCCCACCCUGAUGCUGACCCACGGAACGUCGACGGCAGUGCCAAGUCAGAUUGGCAACAUUCAGAUCUCACAGGUGCACAAUCAUCACCAGUCCGCCCUGCCAGUGAGCAGUGCGGUCGAGAACAAGAUCCAGAUAAUGCCGAUCCUUCCGCCGGGAGCAACGGUGAUGGGAGGUACACCUGGAGCGGGGUCUCAUGCGCCCACAUCCCAAUCCACCCAGUUGGUCUUUCAGCCAACGGUGCCCUCGGUGGCGCCUACGAUCAGUACGGAAUCCACUGGGUUCAAGUUGUCCAGCGAUGGUCGACAGAUGCAACUGGUGGCCAUACCGCAGGCCACUCCACCGCCGGCGACAGCCAGUGCGGCCCAACCAGCAGUCUCUACGCCCACGCCGGCCUUAACAGCCGGUGGAGCCACUAUUCUGCCACCUCAGUUAACUGGAAUGCCCGCCAAUGUAUCGGUUUCAGUGGGAUCUCCUGCAUCGGCUGCGGCUCUGGUGCCACAGCUCACUGGUAGUCUCACGCUCACCGUGUCCGAGCAAUGCGAGCGACUGAUCCUGCGACAUGAUCCCAAUAAUCAGGACCAUCAAUCGCAGCUCAUCCUGCAGGCACUGCUCAAGGGCGCCCUGCCCAAUGUGACCAUCAUCAAUGAGCCGACGCGUGUGGAUCCCAACAAGCAGCCAACGCCGAUGUUGCAGUCCCAACAGCAAGUCAUCCAAAUCCCUCAGCCAGUGGCUCAACCUCAGCCCAUUCUGCAGCAGCAACAAGCGCUACCCAAGGUUUCAACAGGUCCCAAAAUAGAAGUUAAAGUGGCUAACAAUAGAAAGUUGUCAGGACAGGGAACACACACCGCCAGCAGCAUGCUGGGAAUGACGAGCACCACAACCACCAUGUCCACGAUGAAGCCCCCGGCAACCAUGCCCGCCAAGCAAAACGAAAUGCUGUCCUCCUUCCCGCCUCUGCCGCUCAACUCCCAGGUUCUCAUCCAGCAGCAGCCACUGAUUCAGACGCAGCUGCAGCCCCAGUUGCAGCCCGUCACCGUGCCCGUGAGCCUGCCCACUCAGCCAACAACCAUCUCCGUGCCAAUACCCUCGCCGGCGCCUGCUCCACAACUGGCCAACAGUGGACAGCAGCGCUAUAUUGCCCUGCCGCCCAUCGAUCCCACCACUCAGCAGUUGUUCUGCCUGAACAGCGUGACCAAUCAGAUCACGGCGAUGAGCGCGGGUCAAACGGCAGCUUCGAUUGGACCCACAGAGCGCCUGCUCAUUGCUCCGGCUGGGAUAAAUGCCCAACAGCUGGCCCAGUGCUUGCAGUUGGGACAACUCCAUUUCAACGAUGUUAAUCCACUGCCCGCCCAGCAGCAGCAACAGCAGCAGCAAGUCGCGGUCAGUGGUGCCUCAUCGUCGAUGGCACUUUCUAUGCCACUGCGACCUCAGCCACCGCAGCAGCAGAUUGUGCAUCCCAUCCAGCCGAUAACGAAUGGAUUGGCCAUCACCACAACGGCCAGUACCACAUUGACCACCACCACGAGCACCACCUCACUGACCACGGUGACCAAACAGGUGGCCAAUGUGGCGCCAAUAAUCGAUCAAAGCAAGGCGAAACUGGAGCCGGCUAAGGCAGCCACCAGUGGAGCUGGUGGUGGCGCGGUGGUUAAGAAGAAGCCGGUGAGGAAGCCCAAGGCGACGCCAACCAAUGCCUCCGAGUUGGCCAAUCUAAAGAACGCCAGCGUGGUUAAGCCGAUGCCAAAGUUGGAUCCCCUUUCGCAGAAGCCCAACAACAAUCCGGUGCAAAUUGUCCAACCGAAUGUGGCCAGUGGCAAACAAAUGAUUGUGGUGGGAAGCUCCAGUUGCACAACAACCACCACGACUACGAUGAGCGCCAGCAUCCAGCCCUUCCAGACGACGAGUGGCACCAAAUUGGUGGGCGUUACGGUGCCAAUGCAGCAGCAACAACCGACUGGCACGGCAGCGAUAUUGCAACAACAGCAGCAACAGAGGACGAGCUUUAGCUUGACGGCCACCACGGUGGCUACACCUGCUCCGAUGCCAUCUCCAACAGUGGCUUCUGGAGUCACCCAACUGCAAUUGCAGCAGCUGCCACCCCAACAACAACAGCAGCAGCAGCAGCAGUUGCAAUCCCAGCAGCAGCAGCAACAAUUGCAAGCUCCCAAGCAACAACAACCGCAACCGAACACUGUGUCACGGGUCCAGACCAUCCAACUAACACCCCAAAUGCAACAGAUUUUCAAGCAGGUCAGAUGCAGAUCCAGUUCUCACCAUAAAGCUGCAGAACAAAACGACCUUUUGCCCGUCUCCCAGGAAAUUGAUCCGUCAACCAUUGCUGCCUACAACAAGCCGAUGACCGAUGCGGAAAUAAAUCUGGCACUGCAGCGACUCUUUGCCGAACAGCACCGAAUCCUGGCCUCCGGCAAGGAGGUGCCCACUCCGGAGGGUAUGUUGCCAACGGCAAACGGAAGUGGAGGAUUUACGCUGAUGCCCCAGGCAGUGCAGCAGCAACAACAGCAGCAACAGCAGCAGCAGCAGCAACAGCAGCAGCAACAGCAGCAGCAGCAGCAGCAGCCACAGUUACAACCGACGGUCUCUGAGCCACUGAAGACAAUCGUGCCCGCCAAUGUGGUGCAACCCAACAACCACUCAUCCACCACAGCAGCCGGAGCAGCCGCUGGUGGUGUCGUAGCUACUCCCAAUGCCCAGCAGAACAUAACCCAGAGGAUACACAUCUAUCCCAUGCAGCACCAGCAGCAGCAACAGGCGGGCAACAAACAAAAGCAGGCGCAACCCAAACCGCAGCAGGAGCAACAGUCACAGCUCCAAAUAAAACCCAAAGAGCCGGCCAACAGGAACAAAGCCAAUAGCAACCAACAGCUGCAGCAAAACCCACAACAACUGCAACAACAGCCACCCAACGGAAGCAUCAAUAUGUUACCACAAAAAGUAAAUAUGCUGCCUGUCCAGCAGCAACAGCCACAACUUCAGCAGCAGCAAUCGCAGCCAACAUUGCUCAACAAGAGCGGACCACCACCUCUGAUCUUCGCCAGCUCCACAAAUCUGCUUAACAACAGCAACAGUAGCAACACUCUUACUAGCAAUUCGGCAAUGCAAGUUAACAGCAUGUUGCCUCUGCCACCAUUGCAACCCCAACAGCAGCCGCAGCAGCAGUUACAGCAGCCGCAGCAACAGCAGCAGCCAACGCCAAUCCUACCACCAGUAGCCGCGGCAAUGGGUGUUGGAGUGGCGCCAGGACCAAUUGGAAAUCUUGUGCCAACACUACCGAGCAUUCCGAGCCUGCCCCUUUACAUGCCGAACAAAAUGGACGAAAUGCCAACGCAGAAACCCAAAAUUGCACGCCUCUCCUUAUUCGUGCGCCAACUGGAGGUGGACCAGGAGAGCUGUCUGAAGCCGGACUAUGUUAAGCCCUUCCGCACCAAGGAUGAGGCGGUUAAGAGGCUAAUCAGGUACCAUUGCAUGCAUGAAAACGAUGUUGAGUUGCCGUCCGAUGAAGACGAGGAGUUUGAGUCCACCGCUCUGGGAUUCCAGGACAAGUUCAGACAGCUAAAUGGCAAGUUCCAGGAAAUACUGAUGCAGGAAUCAACGUUACAACAUCGCACCUCUGAGAUCCUGCAAGUGCAACAGCUUAUGAUUGACGAUCUUAAAGGCGAGAUCAACGACAUUCGCACCGCUGAAAAGGAGUUGGAGCAGCAGCUGAAGGAGGAGCAGAACAGAAAAUCAACGCUGGCCAGCGAUCUCCAGCCAGAGGCUAAGAUUAAGGAGGAGAUUAAACAGGAGCCGAUCGAUAAGUCAGCUCAACCGGACGGCGUUGUAGAUAAGUUUGAUUUACUGAAAAACAGCGCUGAUGUCAACAAGGCAUUCAGCAAGUCACAGCCUCAGCAGAGUACGACAGUAAAGAUUGAGGAAAGCAACGAAGCUGGUGAGGCCUCAGUAAAUGGAUCUGUGAAGAGCGAGGGUCAGGACAAGGAAUCUUCGAAGUACAUCAAAAAGGACUACGAAUUCGAUAUCGAGUCUGAGCUCACCACCAGCUUCAUCAUGAAAAAGGUGGAGAACAAAGCAGCUUUGGCCAAGAGCGCGGAGGCUCGCUACCAAGAAAGAAACUUGAUGGACCAACAACAGCAGCAGCAGCAACAGCAACCACAUAUCAAGGGCAAUGGAGGAGAUGCAGUGGACCAGGACGAUGGCUGGUAUUGCCUGCAAAAGGAGCUUCAUCUUAUGAAUAAUGAUCCAAUGCAGCAACCGACACAACAGCUAAAUGGCAACCAGCAGCAUAUGCCCAUCAACCGCCAAACGGCGCAGCAGCAACACAGCACUUCUUAGACAACUCCAACUCUAAACAUGAUGAACAACAGUAACCACAUGUCCGACCUUCCCAAUGGAUGCAUUGACAAGAGCAACCAGAGUACCAAGAGCAGCAAUAGUAGUUGCGUUAGCGAAAACCAUGCUGGCUCCAAUCCCGUCAAGACUGUCUCGUCGUGCAGUGGCCAACGCGAACAGCCGGUAGUCAUCGAUGCUGAGCAACAGAACGAGCAUCCUGCCAUCAGUGAGUUCUUCAGCAGCGACUCGGAUGUGCAAAAGUCCGUGGAGACGCGACUGGAGGCCAUGUUUGGGGAGUCACCCGUGCAUCUGGACGUGAGUAGCAGCGAUGCCCACGAUAUUGAGUCAAACCUGGACGAGAUCUUUGGGGACUCGAAAUCGCCGGCGGUCAACCACAAGAGUAAGAUGAGCAUGUGGGUGCCAGAUGCCACAUUUAUGCAGCAGACGCCGCAGCAGCAGGCGCCGCAACAGCCACAGUAUGCAGGCGCGCAACAACCAUCACAGCAGCAACAUCACAUUGAACUGAACUGCAACAAUAAUCCACGCUGGAUGCAAAGCAUGGAGGCGCACUACAGCGAUUCCUUUCCAGCGACCAGCAACGGCGAGGUGGUGAAUGGAGGAGAGACGCGGAAACGGAGCUGGGAUAGCCAGCUGAUGGCCGGCAGCGAUAUGGAAGAUGACAACAGCAAACGUCUGUGCACUGCUUCGUCGUCGUCCUCUUCGUCGCCCAUGUCGUCGCAGCAGCAGCAACAUGUCCCAGUGCCCCAGCAUGGUCUCCUGGACUCGGACAUGCUGCCAGCUGGGCCCCAGAUGUUCAUGGAGCAGCAGCAACAGCAGGUUCCACAACACAACUUUUCCUAUGCCAACAUACUGGAUCAGCAGCAGCAACAACAGCACCAGCAGCAACAUUUCCAGCACAACCUGCAGCAACAGAUACAGCAGCAGCAGCAGCAGAUGCAUGUUAACCACAUGGGCGGAGCAGCAGUAGUGGCUGGUGGAGAGUACGACGAUGACAUUAGUCGGCAUGUGGCCAGCGCCAUUGACAGCAUCCUGAAUCUGCAGAACAGCGGUGACUUGCAGUUCUCUCUGGGCUCGAUCCUGGGCGACACGCUGGACGAUCAGCGGCAGGCAGGCGGCACUAUGCCCAGCUGCCAGCAGGAGCAGGUGAUUCAGCGUCGCCGCCAACUGGGUGAGGAGAUGAACGACUGUCAUAGUGGCGGUGGCUCUGCAGUUAGCGGAGUGGCGGACAACAGCAGUAACAUUCUGUUGGAGCACCACCACCAACAGCAUCAGAUGAUGCAGAGCCAUCAGCAACCGCCCCACCUGCAGCACCAUCACCAUCAGAACAUGACGCGCCAGGCGCAGCAUUUGGGACAACUGAACGACUUUAGCUGCGUGGCCGGCGGCUUGGACGAUCCGGUCAAGUCGAUAAUGACCUCCUGACUUGGAGCGCCAAGCACCUCCGCCGCGGAAAAUGCCUCCAACAGUCUGAUACUAGAGUUUAAUGCCACCACCUUGUGAAAAACGGUUGAUAAUAAUGACUUCCUGAUUGUAUAGAUACCCGUCUUAGUUGUCCUUGGUUAUUGUUUUACCCCCGAGUACAACCUUUAAUUAGAUUUAAGUUGAAACCGUAGCAUAAAUUGUUUUUAAUUAUUGUUUGUAUUGUUUAGUCCAAUGUUUUGUACAAUAUUUGACCAACCCUCAGAUUACCAAUUACUUAAUACAAGGGGAAUGAAGAAAGAGAGAGAGGUGAAAGUGAAGGCAUCGGCAUCUAUAAUACGACAGCCCCAAUAAAGCCAAUAAAGCAAUUGACGUGGUGAAUUGAAAACUAAACGACGAAUAGCAUCAAAUGCUUCUCACAGAGGUACACUAAACGGAACAUAAUAUUAUAAAUUAUAUAGCUACAGUAACUAAGAGAAAGCCCCUAGACAAUUUAUUCAAAUGAAACCAAGAAAAGUACGUAAGGAAAUGAAGGCAAUGAUGGGAUGAGGAGGAAUCACGCGCAAACAAAAGGGAAAGAAAACGAAUUGGUUGUAUAAUUCAUAAUUAAGUUACUUGAAGCAAUUCUGAGAAACAAUUAAAAUCACGUUGCCAAUUUUGUUGUCGUUGGAAUAUCAGGCAGAGCAAUUUAUCCGCAUCCAAUCGAUUUUUAGAAGCCCAGAUAAAAUAUAUUUAUUUAAGAAUUACGUUGCGAAAGAGUUUUGUAAAUAGUUAGAGCAUGCAGCAGUUUCAAUCGCGCCCCAGGAGCUGUCUAACCAGAUUAUAAAUAUAUAUAGCUAAGCAUUUUUAAAGAGGAGAUAUCAUUUAAAGCGCUUUACGUACGACUGCUUCUGAUAUUACAGACAAACAAACCAACCAACCAACCAACUAACCUAUUGACGUGCUCAAUUCGAGAGUAAAGAAUAUUUCGGCAUAGCUACGGGUGUCAUUGGAAAGCAAAUGCAAAGAUCUUAGGGAUUAACGAGUACCAACUAUGGCAAACUACGAAGCAAACCAAAAGCAGUUCAAAAAUCACAAUUUUAGCCAAUUUAGUUUAAACAUUUAUAAAUUAUUGAAUCUAAUGUAAUAUCUUAUACACUUAAACCGAUCGAUUGAAGAGAGGAGCUGAUAAUAUUGAGAUGAGGAACCACAGGAAAAAAAAAUAACAACAAAUUAACGAAUCGUAUCAAUUGUAUCUUGAUCUUGCGACAAAUCUGACUUGUGAUUUGUGCCACGUUUUAAAUAUAGAUGUCUGAUUAGCUUGUAAACAUACAUAAUAAAUACGAUUAAAGUCUAUACAAAAAAAAAACACCCACACUCAGUAAGCCACUACAAAGUUUAUCCAAAACGAAUCGGAUUCGCGAGUCGCGAAAGCAAUUGUAAAUGUUUGGCGUGGGAAGGGCGGGCGCCACGCAUCAAUUACAUACCAAUUACAAUACUAACUACUACUUUAAUACCACCACUAACACACCUACUACGAUACGUACUACCAUGGACGGAAUGCUUGUAUUACGUGUAGUCUGUAAGGGAACUUCAAGAGGUACCAUAUUUUAAGAUGUGCUUCGUUUAUUCAGCCCCUCAUCCAUGAUUCCCAAACCAUAACCUGAACCCAUCCUCUCCCCUCAAAAAAAAAAACAAAGCUGUCCCCACCUGUCCAGCGUCCCGUCUGAGUUGCAUGAUCUUGUAUUUCUAUUUUGAAACUUUCUAGUUAUUAUUCAAAGACAAAUAACUUUCGUGUAAAAAUGUAUAUGUAAUAGCAUAAUUUAAGUUUGCAACCCAAAACUGAAUAAAUUUAAAUCUAUUGAUAGAUUAUUAAUGCGAAUUGUUUUAAGUUGUAUUUAGAACAAAAUCGAACUCAGAACUCAAGUCGGUCGCCCCUCCCGCAACCACCUUUCCACAACAACAAAGAGCAGUGUCGUCAUUUGAAUUGUUCAGCUAAAUGUGUCUAAAUGUAAUUUAACAUAAAGAGAAAACUAAAGAUUUUUAAACAAACAUUGUGAGUUUUAAUUAAACAUCAUCAGCAUAGGGAGAGAGAGACAGCAAAGCAAAGGAAACAACUUUAAUAUUUGAUAGUUUAUUAAGCCCAUCCAUUCAUAGUCGUCAUAAACAUUAAGUACAUAAAACAAAACAAACAAAAGAUUCAAUAUAAAUCUCACUGAAACGCAACAAACCGAAAACCCAACUGAGAACGAAAACUAAAUAAAAGGAAAUGCAAUCAAA